UCUUCUUUCAAGUAGUGCAGGGCAACCAGGAGCGCAGAGACCGUGUGCUCGUACAUGUCUGAUAUUUUACUGCAUAAUAUUUAUAUGAAGAGGUCGCGCUGCUCCAUAUAAGCUUUGUUUCCCUCUGCAUUUCUCUCUGGUUUUGUGUGAUAUUUUGGAAUGAGCUGCUUUCUCGCCAGCGUCGUUGUCCCUCCAGCAUGGGAACUGCCGUGUCCAGAAGGAAGAAUCUGAGAAACGAUGCCAUUUCGUCGGUGGCGGCAAAAGUUAGAGCAGCCCGAGCAUUUGGAGAGUAUCUUCACACUCAUCCCGAGAGCCGGAACGGAUCAGAUCACUUACUGUCUGACACCCUCAUUGGCCACGACUCUGACUCCCCAGACAGCGUGUGCACUCAGAACAACAACCACCACCAAAACUAUCCUCUGCAGGACCCCUCCAGCAGCAGUAGCAGCAGCAGUGCUGAUCCCAGCCUGAUUAACCCGACACUGGGCCUCCUGCAGCCUCCGCCUCCACCUCCGCCCUCCUCCUCCACCUCCCUCUCCUCCUCCUCCAAAAGCCGCCUGUCGCUGGAGCGCAGCUUCUCAGCCGAGGAGGAGCAGCAGAAGUGCGUGGAGUGCUCCCUGCAGCCGUCCCGCGUCUACACCAUCAGUGGUGAGAGUGCCAUGCUGGCCAGCAAGGAGAGCCUGGAGCUGGAGGUGCUGAGGGGGGCGCGGGAUGCCCCUCCAUCAUCAUCCCAAGCCUUGGGCCAACCCUCAGCCUCCUCCUCCACGUCAUCCUCACCCACCCAGCAACAUCACCACCGUCAUGGUGGAGGAGGUGGUGGCAGCCAUCACCAUGGCAACCAUCACCACCACCAUGGCGGCACCGGUGGGGGAGGAACCAACCCAGGGCCCAGUAGCUCUGGAGCAGGACCGUCCCAACAACAGCACCAUCACCACCACCACCACCUGUCCCAGCCGCUCCACAGCUCCGUCAGUGCCCACAACAUCCGUGGCUGGGGCGAGGCCAAGGAGUGCGGCCUGGCCUGCGAGGCCUGUUCCGGGGCACCAUCCCGCAGCCAGGGCUCGCUGGACCUGGAGAGCAGCGCACGAGAGGCAGGCAAGCAGCCCCGGCGGCCGCUAGAGCGGAUGUGCAGUGUGGACCGGGUGACUGGGCUGGACAGAGAUGACGGGCACUGGUACCCCAAAGAGAACAUGUUCACCUUCCAGACGGCUACCACAACCAUACAAGCGAUAUCGAAUUUCAGGAAGCACCUUAGGAUGGUGGGCAGCAGAAGAAUGAAAGCUCAGACCUUUGCAGAGCGCAGGGCGAAGAGCUUCAACCGCUCCUGGAGCGACCCCACCCCGGUCAAGCAAGACUCGCUCCAAGACUCAAAAGACAGUGGUGACCUGCAGGCGUCCUGUGCCACUCUGGAAGACGGAGGCUGUGAUGAUAUGGACUGGGAGGAAGAGAGAGAGAUGGAGAGAGCAGCGUGUGAAGGAGAUGAUUUCGUCCCUCCUAAAGUCAUGUUGAUAUCUUCCAAAGUCCCCAAGGCAGAGUAUGUCCCGAACAUCAUUCGGAGGGAUGACCCUUCCAUUAUACCCAUACUUUAUGAUCAUGAGCAUGCUACAUUUGAUGAUAUAUUGGAGGAGAUUGAGAAGAGACUGACCUCUUACAGGAGAGGCUGCAAGAUCUGGCGCAUGCUCAUCUUCUGUCAGGGUGGUCCAGGGCAUCUGUAUCUCCUGAAGAAUAAAGUGGCCACUUUUGCCAAGGUAGAGAAAGAGGAGGACAUGAGCCAGUUCUGGAAAAGGCUAAGCCGAUUUAUGAGUAAGCUGAACCCUGAGCCCAACCUGAUCCACAUCAUGGGCUGCUAUGUGCUGGGGAAUCCCAAUGGAGAGAAGCUGUUCCAGAAGCUGAAGAACCUGAUGAGGCCUUACUCGGUCACCUUUGAGUCACCGCUGGAGCUGUCCGCACAGGGAAAGGAAAUGAUUGAGAUGUAUUUUGACUUCCGCCUCUAUCGGCUGUGGAAGACGCGACAGCACUCGAAGCUGCUGGACUAUGAGGACCUGUUGUGACCCAGCGCAGAUCAGCGUCCCCCUGAGAAACACCUCAUCCCACCAGCUCUCAUAAAGGAGGACAGAAACUGGAGAGAUAGGAGGAGGACAAAGUGCUGCUGGUUAUGUGAGUUAGCCUUUAUGUUUUUCAGCUCUUCACUCCAGACCCUGAGCCAUUCCGGCAGGACACGGAGUCACGGCAGAGCACAGAGACAAGAGCGGAGGUGUGCCAAAAACAGCAUUUCCUGUUCGAGUAAGCAAAAAAAAGGACAAUGCGGUGCGAAAUCUGUCUUCGGCGGCAACGUAGACGAAUGGAGGCAGACUGUUCCGUUUUUCUAUGUAAUAUAUAUCUAUUUCACUGAGCUCUAUCGAAGACAGAUGUGCUUACGACAAAAACCAGUCUUAUGUCUACUAUCAGGCUGUUUUUCGAACCCCUUUUCGAAAGUACAUUGUAGACAUAAGAAGAAAUAAUGCCACUAAAAUAUAGAUGUACAUACA